AUGGUCUUCUACGACGGUAUAAAGUUCGCAUGUCUCUCGUGCAUCAGGGGCCACCGCUCAUCCAAUUGCAACCAUGUGGAUCGCCCGCUUAUGGAGGUCCGCAAGAAGGGCAGACCCGUCAGUCAGUGUGCCUACUGUAGAGAUCUGCGCAAGACCAAACACAUCCACGCAAAGUGUGUUUGCACUGCUUCCAACAAAAGUACGUGCCCUCUUCUAUUUGUCCCUUUUCAAUGGGUGUAG